GCUGCAGUAGCAGGUGACAGUCACUGCCCAACGAUCUUUCUCCUUCCCUUUCAUAAAGAUCCAAUCUUGAUUUUUCCCAGGAAAAUAUUUUCCAUCAAAAUCUACUUCGCCAUUUUCCAUGGCAAAUGCCUGGAAAAGAUACAAACCCCCUAGGCUUCUCUCCCCAAGACCCAUCCUCCUCCUCCUAUCCACCUCCCUCCUCCUCCUGCUCUUCUUCUUCCUCACCUCUCGCUCCUCAAACCCUAACCUCACUUACCCGUCUGUCAAAACCCUAAUACCUGUCCGCGCAAUUAACCCAUUUGACUGCUUCAAGUGCCCUCAGUCCCACCCCAUCAUCGCCAACGUCGUGGAAGGCCUGAAAUUCCCUUUUAUCUUCUCGCUCUCGGAUCUCGGAACCCUACCCGAUAAGCCCCACAAGAACAUUGUUCGGAUGCUCAAGGGCAAGCCCUUCCGGAAGCCUGACAUCUCCGUGACGAUUCAAGAGGUUUUAGAGAAGAUGAGGGGUGAGGGUAGAAAUGGGUUCGUGGUGGAUGUUGGGGCGAAUGUGGGGAUGGCAACUUUCGCCGCUGCCGUAAUGGGUUUUAGGGUUUUGGCAUUUGAGCCGGUUUUUGAGAAUUUGCAGAGGAUUUGCGAUGGGAUUUUCUUUAAUCGGCUUGGGGAUUCAGUUACUGUAUUUGAAGCAGCAGCCUCGGAUCGCCUUGGGAAUAUUACCUUCCAUAAGGUAUUGCACUGGAUUCAUUUUCUCUUCUUAAUUUCUAAGUUAUUUUUUUAUUUCUUUUUAUUCUUUUUUCUAAGAUUAUUUUUCUGGUGUUGAUAUUUCCCGGGAGCUUGUAAUGAUUAUUGUAUUGGAUUUACGUGAUGAUUAUUUGUUUGUUUGUAUGUGUUAACAAUGUUUUGAGAAAAUUUUCGGAAGUACUAAAAAAUGCUAUAUUUUUGUGUAUUGGUCUUAAUACAUCUCAACUUUCUGUAGUGUAAUCAAACUAUUCUUGUUUAGUAAUGGAUUUGGCAAUGAUGACUAUAUUAAAUUUGGCAGCAAAAUCUCUUUCUGAAUGAGCAA